GAAGUCACCAAAGCAGUCCAGCCUCUCCUACUGGGAAGAAUCAUAGCUUCCUAUGAUCCAGAUAACAAGGUGGAGCGGUCCAUUGCGAUUUACCUAGGCAUAGGCUUAUGCCUGCUCUUUAUCAUGAGGAUGCUGCUUCUGCACCCCGCCAUCUUUGGCCUGCAUCACAUUGGAAUGCAAAUGAGGAUAGCUAUGUUCAGUUUGAUUUAUAAGAAGACUCUGAAGCUGUCAAGCCGUGUUCUAGAUAAAAUAAGUAUUGGACAACUUGUUAGUCUCCUUUCCAACAACCUGAACAAAUUUGAUGAAGGACUUGCAUUGGCACAUUUCGUGUGGAUCGCUCCUUUACAAGUGACGCUGCUAAUGGGGCUGCUGUGGGAGCUGUUACAGGCCUCCGCCUUCUGUGGGCUCGCUGUCCUCAUCAUCCUCGCCCUGUUCCAAGCAGGGUUAGGGAGGAUGAUGAUGAAGUACAGAGAUCGGCGAGCUGGAAAGAUCAGUGAAAGACUUGUGAUCACCUCAGAAAUAAUUGAAAAUAUUCAAUCUGUUAAAGCAUACUGCUGGGAGGAAGCAAUGGAGAAAAUGAUUGAAAACCUAAGACAAACAGAACUGAAACUGACCCGGAAAGCAGCCUAUGUGAGAUACUUCAACAGCUCGGCCUUCUUCUUCUCAGGGUUCUUUGUGGUGUUUUUAUCUGUUCUUCCCUAUGCACUGAUCAAAGGAAUCAUCCUUCGAAAAAUAUUCACAACCAUCUCGUUCUGCAUCGUUCUGCGCAUGGCAGUCACUCGGCAAUUCCCCUGGGCUGUACAAACAUGGUAUGACUCUGUUGGAGCAAUAAAUAAAAUACAGGAUUUCUUACAAAAGCAAGAGUAUAAGACAUUGGAAUAUAACUUAACAACCACAGAGGUAGUGAUGGAAAAUGUAACAGCCUUCUGGGAAGAGGGGUUUGGGGAAUUAUUUGAAAAUGCAAAACAAAACAAUAAUAAUGGAAACAUUCCCAAUGGUGAUAACAGCCUCUUCUUUAGUAACUUCUCAAUUCUUGGUACUCCUGUCCUGAAAGAUAUCAAUUUCAAGAUAGAAAGAGGACAGUUGUUGGCAGUUGCUGGAUCGACUGGAGCAGGCAAGACUUCACUUCUGAUGAUGAUUAUGGGAGAACUGGAGCCUUCAGAGGGUAAAAUUAAACACAGUGGAAGAAUUUCCUUCUGCUCUCAGUUUUCAUGGAUUAUGCCUGGUACCAUUAAAGAAAACAUCAUCUUCGGUGUUUCCUAUGAUGAGUACAGAUAUAGGAGUGUCAUCAAAGCAUGCCAACUAGAAGAGGAUAUCUCCAAGUUUGCAGAGAAAGACAAUAUAGUUCUCGGAGAAGGUGGCAUCACACUGAGUGGAGGGCAGCGAGCAAGAAUUUCUUUAGCAAGAGCAGUAUAUAAAGAUGCUGAUUUGUACCUAUUAGACUCUCCUUUUGGAUACCUAGAUGUUUUAACAGAAAAAGAAAUAUUUGAAAGCUGUGUCUGUAAACUGAUGGCUAACAAAACUAGGAUUUUGGUCACUUCUAAAAUGGAACAUUUAAAGAAAGCUGACAAAAUAUUAAUUUUACAUGAAGGUACCAGCUAUUUUUAUGGGACGUUUUCUGAAUUACAAAAUCUACGGCCCGACUUCAGCUCAAAGCUCAUGGGAUAUGAUUCUUUCGACCAGUUUAGUGCAGAAAGAAGAAAUUCAAUCUUAACUGAGACUUUACGGCGUUUCUCGUUUGAAGGAGAUGCUGCUGUCCCCUGGAAUGAAACAAAAAAACAGUCUUUUAAACAGACUGGAGAGUUUGGUGAAAAAAGGAAGAACUCUAUUCUCAAUCCAAUCAAUGCUAUAAGAAAGUUUUCAGUUGUACAAAAGACUCCAUUACAAAUGAAUGGAAUCGAAGAGGAUUCUGAAGAGUCUUCAGAGAGAAGGCUGUCCUUAGUUCCUGACUCUGAGCAGGGAGAGGCCAUCCUGCCUCGAAGUAACAUGGUAAACACCGGCCCCACAUUUCAAGGACGAAGGAGGCAGUCUGUUCUGAACCUGAUGACACACUCCUCGGUGAACCAAGGUCAAAUCAUUCAUCGAAACACAGCAGCACCCACAAGAAAAAUGUCACUGGCCCCUCAGGCACACUUUACUGAAAUGGAUAUAUAUUCAAGACGGUUAUCUCAAGACAGUGGUGUAGAAAUAAGUGAAGAAAUUAAUGAGGAAGAUUUAAAGGAGUGCUUUUUUGAUGAUGUGGAGAGCAUACCAGCAGUGACUACAUGGAAUACAUACCUUAGAUAUAUUACUCUCCACAAGAACUUAAUUUUUGCGCUAAUUUGGUGCAUAGUUGUUUUUCUGGCCGAGGUGGCUGCUUCUUUGGUUGUGUUGUGGCUACUUAAUAAAACAUCUCCUCAAGACAAAGGGAAUAAUACCAACAGCACAAAUAGCAGCUACCCGGUUAUUGUCACCAGCACCAGCUUCUAUUAUGUAUUUUACAUUUACGUGGGAGUAGCUGACACUUUGCUCGCUCUGGGACUCUUCCGAGGCUUACCACUGGUGCAUAAUCUCAUCACAGUAUCGAAAAUCUUACACCACAAGAUGUUACAUUCUGUUCUUCAUGCACCUAUGUCAACCCUGAACACCUUAAAAGCAGGUGGGAUUCUUAAUAGAUUUUCCAAAGAUAUAGCAAUUUUGGAUGAUCUUCUGCCUCUGACCAUAUUUGACUUCAUCCAGCCAGCUAAUAACCUCACAGCCAGGACCAUGAUGCAGAGACAGAAGUGCAGACACAUUUUCAAGAAGGAGAAAGAGAAACUCAGGAAUGGCAGGAGUCCAAUUUUCACUCAUCUGGUUACAAGCUUAAAAGGCCUAUGGACACUUCGUGCGUUUGGACGUCAGCCUUACUUUGAAACUCUGUUCCACAAAGCUCUGAAUUUACAUACUGCCAACUGGUUCUUGUACCUGUCAACGCUGCGCUGGUUCCAAAUGAGAAUAGAGAUGAUUUUCAUCAUCUUCUUCAUUGCUAUUACCUUCAUUUCCAUUUUAACAACAGGUGAAGGAGAAGGAAGAGUUGGCAUUAUUCUAACUUUAGCCAUGAAUAUCAUGAGUACGUUGCAGUGGGCUGUGAACUCCAGCAUAGAUGUGGAUAGCUUGAUGCGAUCUGUGAGCCGAGUCUUUACGUUUAUUGACAUGCCAACUGAAGAAAGUAAAUCUACCAAGUCAGUCAAACCACACAAGGAUGGCCCGCUCUCGGAAGUUAUGAUUAUCGAGAAUCAGCACGUGAAGAAAGAUGACAUCUGGCCCUCAGGGGGUCAAAUGACCAUCAAAGACCUCACGGCAAAAUAUACAGAUGGUGGGAAUGCCAUAUUAGAGAACAUUUCCUUCUCAAUAAGUCCUGGCCAGAGGGUGGGUCUCUUGGGAAGAACUGGAUCAGGGAAGAGCACUCUGUUAUCGGCUCUUCUGAGGCUGCUGAACGCCAAGGGGGAGAUCCAAAUAGAUGGGGUGUCGUGGGAGUCAGUGACCGUGCAGCAGUGGAGGAGAGCCUUUGGUGUGAUCCCACAGAAAGUAUUUAUCUUUUCUGGAACAUUUAGAAAAAAUUUGGAUCCCUAUGGACAAUGGACUGAUCAAGAAAUAUGGAAAGUUGCAGAUGAGGUUGGACUCCGAUCUGUGAUCGAGCAGUUUCCUGGAAAGCUUGACUUUGUCCUUGUGGAUGGGGGUUUUGUCCUGAGCCACGGCCACAAGCAGCUGGUGUGCUUGGCCAGAUCUGUUCUCAGCAAGGCCAGGAUCUUGUUGCUUGAUGAGCCCAGUGCUCAUUUGGAUCCAAUAACAUACCAAAUCAUUCGAAGAACUCUAAAACAAGCGUUUGCUGAUUGCACCGUGAUCCUCUGUGAACACAGGAUAGAAGCCAUGUUGGAAUGCCAGCGAUUUUUGGUCAUAGAGGAGAACAGAGUGCGGCAGUAUGAGUCCAUCCAAAAGCUUCUGAGCGAGAAGAGCCUCUUCCAGCAGGCCAUAAGCCCCUCGGACCGGCUGAAGGUCUUCCCCCAUCGGAACUCAAGCAAGCACAAGCCUCGAUCCCAAAUUGCUGCCCUGAAGGAGGAGACAGAGGAAGAGGUGCAAGACACCAGGCUUUAGGGCAGCAUGACCGUGUGCAUGGACACUCACUCAUGGAGCUGGAGGAGGGACAGUUUCUGCUGCAGAAAACAAGGAUGAAUAAUGCUGUUUGUAAAAGGAAACAUUUUGGGUAGAGAAAUUAAGGACAUUCACGUAGGUCUGGAUAAAUGGCUUCCUGGCAAUGGUCAAAUUGUAUGAAAGGUACUUCAAAUCCUUGAAGGUUUACCACUUGUGUUUGCAAGCCAUAUUUUCCUGAUAGCUUCUUCUCUUUGGUAGUCAUUGGGAAGGUGGCUGUAAAUGUCAGCCAGCUUAGUUGUUCAACUUAGCGUUUAGUGAAAUUUGCUAAUUUGUAUUAUUGGAGAAGAACUGUAAUCAUACUACUUAGAAAUGCAAUGAAGUAGUGAUAACUGGAAACUUUAGUGGUUUAUACUCCUUUUUCUCCACUUUGGGAUA